CCCAAGCAACCAACCAACCAACCCCGCGCGAUGGAGAUGCUGUAUCAGCAUGAAUCGGUUCUUGUCCUUGCUGCAGCUCUGUCUGUUGCCGUCACGAGCAUCGUUUCAAUCAGAAGAGUCCGCGCGUGCAUCGGACGGUAUGGCACGAGUCGGCUGCACACCCUGAUGCCGUGUGCGUGCGUAUAUACAGGUCGUUGUGGUACGUGAUCCCCAAUGGACUGAGAAAUCUUGGCGUCACCAACUCCGCAAGCAUUCUGGUCCUCUCGGCGGUCUUACAAGAGCCUGUCAUGAAGGCGGGAGAAGCUAUGGCGACGCGGUUUCUGCGUAUUGGCGGUGCGGAAGAGGCAGCGGGGGGCAUGUCUGGACUUAAAGUUGAGUAUGGGUUCGUCACUUUGUAUGGGGAGUUUCUGUGACUGACUUGCCAGUGUGUGUGGUCUCCUUUGGUGGUCUCGUGUGCCGCUUGUCAAGCACACGCGUGUGCGCCUUUUUGUUCUGCU